CGUCUUCAUUCCACCGUGUGUAAACUGCCUAUUUUCAUUGAUAAGAACUUGAAAUGCAAUGCAUGUGCUUAUCCUUCAAUAAAAUGCCGGCAUGAACUUUAACAGAACAAUAUUUCUUCUCCGAAAUUCUGUAAAUCCAGAAAAACGAUGAACCUGUGUCUAGCAUCAAGAUAAUUAGAACACACAAAAAGUGUACAAAUUAAGAAGAAGAAAAACCCGUUCAACGGACAUGAAAUCAUUAAAGGGGAGUAAUUGAUAUGUAAUUUCCAUUUAACUCCUCUUUUAAUUGAAUCCACAGAUAGAAUAACAAUAUUGCGGCUCCUGUGGAGCUUAUGUAACGUCUUAUUGCUAUACUACACAGAGAGUGCUAGUGUGCGGUUCUACGUCAGAUCUUCAGACAGGUUGCAGAGGUGUGCUCAGGCAAGUUUUGGGAGGAAGCGUGUAUUUAUAUCAAUACAAAUUGAAAAUAUCAAACACAUCCUGGCUUUUUUUCCCUGGCACUUGGCUACUGGUGUUCAUGGUAUUCACCGGCGGAGUUAUUUCUGUUCAAUACAAACCUAUAUAAUACACCUCGACAGACAUGCCUGAGAAAACUCGGGCGGCGCUGGGCGGGUGUCAGCGGUUCGAAUGUAGAGUGAUCGGAUAUCCCCGGCCUACCAUACAGUGGUUCAAAGAUGGCCGCAAUAUCACGAAGGACGAGCGGUACGAGUUUGACUAUUCUAUUGAUGGAAUUAUUACCAUGGUGAUUAAUAACGUGACGGAUAAGGACCAAGGAGUAUUUUCCUGCAGGGCCGAAAAUUCCGAGGGCUGGGCCGCCACUGCCGCUUUCCUGAACGUCAGAAUUGUAGAUGAACGCGUAGAACAUGAACUGAUGUCGGUUCACCAGAUGAAGUUCGAGGUCGGCGGUCUCUAUGACAAAGAUGACAAUGAUCAAAUUCCAAUUGACGCCCAGUUCGAUUCAUUUAUUGAGCAAAUUACAGGAAAAGAUGGUCAAUUUAACAUUUCUUCCUCUCUCGAAGGAAUCGAAAACCAUAAGAUUGAAAAAGGGAGGGAUGGAUUUCAAAUUGACAGUGACGUCAACAAUGGCAAAGGAUUCAAUGAAGAAAUCACUUCAUCGGAAGCUGGUUGUGAUGACAGUGGAAUCGGACUAGAUCUCGAUAAACCAACUGCGUCAUCCAAAGAGGUCACUAAUGAGGAUAAUGGUCAGGGAAAUGGUCUGGAAGAUGGUCAGGGAGAUGGAUUGAACAUGGGAUUAGAAAUGGUUCUCCCAGAGGCCGAUUUUGUCGAUAAGGCACAGAUAUAUGGCGAAAAAGAACCCGUGAUGACGAUACAGCCAAAGCGUCGCAUGUCUGAUCUUGACGUACAUUUAAAAAUGAUGAAUGAUAAAUGUUCUCCCUUCUUUCAACCAAACCCAGAAGAAUACCCAGAAAUAGAUGGUCCGCCUAAGGCAGCAGACUUAGGCGAUAAACUAGACGCAAAAAAUGUUAAGGGUGUUACAAAGCAGACGGAGAAGGAUGAACUGUCUCUGAAACAUGAUUCACAUGUCGAUUGUAGCGACAACAACGCUAGUAUUACACCGAUAACGGACGUAGGCACCGAUAACGCGCGUACAGAUUUGAAUCCUGUUUUAGACUCAGUGGUAGAGACUUCUUCCGAUGACAGGAGAAACGAAAAUGAAUUAAAGGAACGAGCAUCAAAAAAGGAAAACCAUGCAACGGAGUCCGAGAGAACGGAGAAUGAAGAAGCAAAAGAAAGGAACACUGAAGACGUGGACCUUCUCGAUGAUAUGCUGGAAUUUCUGAAGAAUAACAGAAAGGGUUCUAGAAGAUCCAUGACGACGGACAGUGGGCUUGGAGAUGAUGAUUACAGGGACAGUUCUCCUGAAUCAGAUUCUGAAAAUCAUGAGCAUCGACGAAAACGAUCACACGACAAUACGGAUCACCAAUCCAAAGGAAAACCAUCACUUUUUCAUAAACCAUUGAACAAGAUGAAGAUACCAAAAAUUCUGAUUGAAGAAAGUGAUGAAGUGGAGGAGCAGGAAGGCUUGAAUCCCGAAGAUGUCACAGAAUCACAGACAGAAACAAAACCGACUGUAGUAGUUCCGAACGUUCAAGAUUCACCGAGGUCUCAUGUCGAGGAACUGAACGAGAUGGAUAGCGAAAAGGAGAACAUUGAACCCAUCCACAAUUCUCAAAUUUCAAAUGCAAUUAAGUUAGAGAUGAAUGCUGAACAAGGAAACAACAAUAUCGAAAACAUGAUAUCUGCUAAUGUAGUUGCUACAGAAGAAGCUCCAUGUUCAAAAGUUGAUUUGGUUGAGGAAAGGGAAGAAGAGAAUGCGAACGAGAAUGAGAAAAAGGACAUCCUGAAACAAGACCUUUAUGUUCCUGUUGUUUAUGCUGAGCAAGAGUCCGAUAUUGAAACAACAAGCGAAAUUGGUAAUGUCUCAGAACUCUACGAGACAGCAAACGACACUGAAUAUGAAAAGCAGUUGUCUAUGCAAGUUGAACGUGAUCUUGGAGCUAGUAUGGAAAGUAUUACAAACAAAGAUGACGACGAGAGACUAAGAAUCCUUGGUCGAAGGUAUGAAUUAAACUCCAGUAGUCGAGAAAGCAGUAUGCCUGUAAGCGAUUAUGACUUUCAGUGUCGGGUAGAUUCUGUUCGAAAUGACAGGCGACCAACUCUUCGAAAGCAAUAUAUGUUGGUGGAUUCUGAUGAAGAUGAUGAUACACAUAGUCUUCGUCCUGUUCACGAUGAUGAUUACUUUGCAAGUACAGAGUCUCUAGGAAUAGGAGUAUCUAGAGAAAGUCUGGACAAAACAUUUUCACAAUUAGAUCUAGUAUGUGGAGAAGCGAUUCCUGAAAAAGAUGAAAAUGUUCUGUCUAGAAGCGGUUCCCGAGAUGAUACAUGCGAUCAACCUGAAAAUAACGACAAUGGUGCUAAAAACCAUGAACAACAUCCCCAAGAUCCAAAUAUUUUUACGGAAUAUUCAGAUACGGCCUCUUCUGAAAGUUUAUCUUCAGAACCCGAAGAUAUGGAGGAUGUUGUUGCAAAGACAGCUAGGAACAUUAAAAAAGAAAUGGAUAGUCUUAGUCUCGUCUGGACAGAUGGAGAAUCAGUUGAAAAUCAAAAGAUUUCCAACGAUUUAGAAACACUCGAAGACACGAAGCCAGAAGUUCCCAACCAGAUUAUACAUGGUGAAGCUGAUGGUAAACUACAGACCCGACCAGUGGAAGAAAGCUUUGUGGAAGAAUCUAAAAGACGACUGGAAACCACAAACGAUUCCGUCGAUUCUUCUGCUGAGUCUAAAAAAGCUAACAUAAUAGAAGUAAAGGAUGAAAAUCUUCAGAAAGUAAAACAAAACAACCAAGAAGUUUCCUCAACUAGAGAAAACAUCCUGAAAGAAGGAGAAGGAGAUUUGAGUCUCACCGAGGGCGUAUCUGAAAAACAGUUAAGGACAAUAGAGGAAAGUGAUAAAGACUCGCUAUAUGUUCAGGUGGAAGUAGAACAGACGAGCAAACAAAUAGAAGAAUCGUUUGAUAAUGUCACAACAGAGUCACGAAAACAGGGUAGUACAAUUAUUAGCUCGACGAAGGAAGAUGAGCCAGCUGAGUGCAUUGAAGAAAAUGCCAUUAUACCCCAAACACAUAAACCGAAGAACGCUGAACCGACAUUCGUGGACAUACCACAAGAUGCAAACCUUCCACAAUCACCAGAUGAGAUAAACAUACUGACGAACAUGGACACCGAUGAAACAAAAUACCGGACGCCGAUGGACGACUUCUUAAUGUCCAAUAGCAAAAUCAACGAUAACCGAAAGAGGUCUAGACCAGUAAUUUUGUCUGCUUCUUCUGACGUAACAAUCAAAGAAGGGCAGUGUCUGGUAAUGGAAUGGGAAAUCACAGGAUACCCAGAACCAAAGGUUGAGUUGUAUAAAGAUGGCACCUUACCCCGCUUCUGUAAUGGUGACGGUCUGUUCCACGACUCGGACUUCGUAACCCUGGAAGUGCUCCACAGUUCGCUCAGUGACACGGGCUGCUACGAACUUCACCUGACGAACGAACUAGGAACUGACGUCAGUUUAGUCAACGUCAAAGUGAAGGAAAACUCGCGUGAAGGAUCUGUCGUCUGGCAAGAACCUCUUGAGAGGGCCAAUUCGCCGCCGACAUUUACGGUGAUACCGGGUGAUGUCAAAAUUAAUGAUGGACAAACUAUUGUUCUAAAAGCCUGUGUUGACGGCUUACCCAAACCAACCAUUCAGUGGCUAAAAAACGACGAAGACCUACAGGAAAGCGCCGAUUGUGACGUCAUCGAGGAGGCAACCUACAGCUGCCUUGUAAUUCCUAAUCCUACGCAGAAGCAUGUCGGGAAAUAUAUUUGUAGGGCAGCAAAUACGGAGGGGAUUUGCGAGACGGUUUUUGCAGUCACCAUGGAAACGAAUGAUGAAAUUGAUAACAUCGAACAACCAGCGCACGUGACGCCAGUGUUUGACGAUCUGUCAGAGAAAACGAUGAUGCUAUCCCCCAAAAUCAGACUAGAAAUCACGGAGUCGGAGGAUUCUUUUUCGAAAAAAUUCGAAGUGUGUUCCGAGAGUGUAGAUGCUUUAAAUGACGUCAAACUAGAGAAAGGUGACGUUGUUGAUGUCCUAGACAGAACCAAGGGUUCUCAUUGGUUGGUGCGGAAAGAUCACGGAAAUGGCGAGGUAUGUUACAUCAGUCCAGAAAAGCUGGUACCACACGAAAAAGUCCAGAAAAAUGAGAAGAAGGAACCAAACCACAAAGUGAAUGGGGAAAAGGUGGAAGAAAAGAAAAGGAAGCUGGUCCAGGACUUGCUCGACAGCGAGACGGACUAUGUGUGUGAUCUCAGAGACCUGAUGGAGAACUACUUUGACAUUGCAGAGGAGGAAUUUCCUGACAAGAACAACGGAAGAGACAUUUUCAGGAAUGUGGAAGCAAUCUACCAAUUCCAUCACCUAAAUUUACUACCUGAGUUGGUUGCUGCCAAGAAUGAACCAGAGAAAGUGGCAGAUAUAUUCCUGAAAAAAAGAAAAAGUUUUUCGGAGUAUCUUCCUUUCAUUGCUGGAAAAUCCAAAGCUGGUGAAAGUUUGGAUUCCAAAGAGCUUCAAAAAUUCCUACAGGAGUACAGUAAGAGUAUCGGGGAUGAGAACAACACUCUACAGGGGUUACUAGACAGACCGGUGGACAGAAUCCACGAGUACAUGGAUCUGCUGAAGAAUUUGAUCAAAUUUACAAAGGCUGGGGGUGGAGACUGUACAGAGUUGAUGAGGGCGGUGAGCAUGUUGAGUGACAUCUGUAGGGAGGUGGAGAACAUCAUGUUAUUGGACAACAUGCAGGGCUGGGAGAACCGGGAACCAGCCAACUCUGUUAUUCUACAUGACACAGUCACAGUCUGGAGUGGUGAUUCUGAUAUUGGAGAGGAAUGUCAUGUCUUCCUGUUCCCAGAGAAGAUGGUCAUCGCUCAUAGCGUGCAGAAGGAGAGAACCAGGCCAGGAGACGUGGCCCGCCUAAAGUUUGAUCAAGAGAUACCGUUGCGGACUGUCGCUCUCUGCGAGGAUGACUCUGGGAGGAGCUUGGCAUUGUGGGAUGUGGCUGUAGGGGACAAGGAGAUCCCUGCCUCGUUUUUGACUUUGGAAACAAGUUCUCUGUUCUCAAAACAAACACUUGUGAGAGACAUUCAGGAGGCACAGCAGAAACUAGGAGUUAAGGUAGAAAAACCUGCAAAGAUGCCAGAGCACAGAAAAAUCUCGACCAAGACCCCCAAGGUCAAAUCAUCAGCUCUGAAGAGAACAGAAAAUGCGGACAAUGUUUCACUCGCCAGCUCUGAUGAUUUCAAGAUAAUCGACACCAGCCACGAUAUACAACCCGAAUUCGAAGAUGGAACAACGCGACCAAUCUUCAGACGAAAGCUCAAGAAAACUGUGGUGUCAGAGAACUCUAUGGCUAGACUCGAGUGUGUUGUCGUUGGAAUUCCACAACCAAAAGUGUUAUGGCUAAAGAAUAACCGACCGCUAAAGAGCACUGACCAAUGCCACGUCCUGUCAGAGGGGAAUGUCCACAUUCUGGAAUUCCCCAAAACCAAGAAAGAUGACACGGGACUGUACACAGCUAGAGCUAUGAAUGUGAACGGGUCUACCAUCAGCUCAGCUGAGCUACUCGUUGGAAAUGCCCAGCCUUCCAGUCUGAAGAAGUACAAGGAAGGUUUGGCGGAGGAGGAGUUUCAGACCCCGGCCUACUUCUUCCAGAUGAACAGCUGUCAAGUGGAGGAGGGAAGGCUGGCUCGUUUCGACUGCCGCGUUGUGGCUCACCCCAAACCGGAAAUUACUUGGAUGAAGGAUGGGAAGGUGGUGGAGUCUGGCGACCGAUACAAACUCCUGAACUUUAACAACGAGAUCUACUCCCUGCUGGUCCAGAAUGUGGAGAUGGGGGACACGGGUCGCUACACCUGCUGGGCUCACAACAAGUACGGGGAGGCCAUGACGGAGGCCUACCUUAACGUCAUAGCUCUGGAGGAACAACUAGAAGAUGCAGACAUUGCACCCAAAUUUUUGACAAAGUUUUAUGACCAGACAAUUACACAAGGACUGCCAACAACCUUUCAAUGCAUGAUUGCAGGAAAACCCAUGCCAGUUGUCAGUUGGUUUCUGAAUGAGAAGGAAAUCAAGUCUUCAGAUAAUAUUAAGAUCCAGCAGGAAGCUAAUAUCUGCAGCCUGUCCAUCAAAGAAUCCAAGACCAAAGAGGCGGGGAAAUACACCUGUCACCUGAAGAACCCCCUUGGGGAGGCUCUGUGCUCCGCCGGCCUGACUCUGCUGGACCAGGAGGUCAAAGGCGUACCAAUGCUGCCCAAGUUCUUAAAAAGAAUAGAUGAUGCGAAAUCCACAGCAGGAGACCAGAUGAUUUAUGAGGUGGUAGUUGUUGGAGAACCCAAACCUAAAGUCUCAUGGCUGUACAACCACAAACCUAUCUCAGAGACACACAGAAGAUUUCAUAUGAGCCAGGAAGUGGACACUUUCAGACUAACCUUGAAGGACCUUCGUCUGGAGGAUGAGGGCAAGGUCACUUGUAAAGCUGUGAACUCGGAAGGAGAAGUGUACUGCAGCAGUCAGCUGACAGUAAAACGAGCUCCAAUGGAAUUCAAGGACGAAACCCCAAGCUUCAGACAGAAAGAUUUUGAUGCGAAGUAUGGCUGUGCUCCAACAUUCAUUAAGAAAAUAGAAAAUACCUACUCACCAGAAGGAAAAUCUGCCAAGUUUGAGUGUAAAGUGAUGGGAAUACCAGAACCCAAUGUCACAUGGUACAAGGAUAACAAGCCUCUGUCCCCGGGCUCUCACUACUGGAUAAAUCGUGAUGGUGGUAACUGUACCCUGACAAUAAGAGAUGUGAUGGAGAGUGAUACUGGCCAGUACACCUGUAAAAUCAAUAAUCCGGCCGGAGAAACCAGCAGUGUGGCCUCUCUGGAAUUACCAGGUAAGAUGAAGAAGGACUCUUCUGUCGAUGGAGAAUACUCACCAUUUGCCAGGCGAUUCUCACGAGAUUCUACCAAGUCUGACCAUGAGGCUAUGCCCUCACUGCCCUAUGACAAGCCAUCUCUAACAGACAUCAGGGAGGAGUCUGUCAGGUUGUCAUGGUUACCAGCCUACACCUCCACUCUCCCACCAGAGGGCAGAAAUGUAAAAUACGUUAUCGAGGCUCGUGAAUUGCCAGGAUUUGACUGGCACAAGGUGGCUACCGGCAUUCACGGAAACACGCACAUGUUGAAGAAUCUGAAGCCCAGAACCGAGUAUGCUUUCAGGGUUCACGCCGAGAAUCAGUUUGGAGUCAGUGACUCCACACAACCUGUCAUGUUGUCAAGACCCAAGCCAGUGGAGGAAGAAGCAGCAGAGAAAUUUCAUGUUAAGCCACAUGAAUCUCGAGUACCACCAAAGUUGCCUUCCUCUAAACCGUUUGUGACAGAGAUGGGCCAAGAGACGGUUCGGCUCGCCUGGAAGCCGGCCGUGGCUCCAGUGGCUGCCAAGAAAGUGGCACCCAUCACGUACCGCCUGGAGGCCCAGGAACUGCCAGCCAAGGACUGGAUGCCUGUCGCGCACCGCAUCCGGGACACCAGCUACUACCUCCCGGAGCUGAAAUCCGACCGGGACUAUAACCUCAGGGUCAGGGCGGAAAACAAGUAUGGACAAAGUGACCCCUCAGAGUCCCUGUGGAUCCCUAGGGCUACUCAUUUCCCUGGAGUUCCGAUCAGCAGACCAAACAUCGUUGACAUGGAGCCAGACUCAGUGCGAGUGUCCUGGCAGAAGGUUGAUAUCCCAUCAUUCUCAGCAAAAGACGAACCUCUGUUGUAUUUGUUAGAAAUGCAGGAACCACCAAAGCGUGACUGGCAACAGAUUGCCCGGGACAUUCCCGACCAUAACUACACUGUCAAAGGGCUGACUCCGGGACAGGACUACAGAUUUAGGGUCAAAGCCAGGACAAUGGGAGGAGCUUACGGAGAGCCGUCCCCCUCAACAUCUAUGUACAGAACCCUGGCGACCACCAGAAUCCCGAUUGACCGACUGGAGCUCGAGGAUUCGGAGCCCGACUAUGAAGGAGUACGUUUGACCUGGAACAAGGUGGACAUCCCACCCUACCACAGAGGUGAAGAACCGCUGAUGUACAUGGUAGAGAUCAGCGAGCCACCGAUGGACGAGUGGCGACCGGUGGUGACUGGUCUUCCCACCACACGCUACCGAGUCACUGACCUUCUUCCAGACAGAGACUACCGCUUCAGAGUAAGGGGUGUAACUCCGUACGGAGUGACACCACCUUCAUAUUCUCUGCCAGUUUCUUACAGACGACCUACACCAGCCCCCAGCAGACCACUGCCAAACAUGCCUCAGCUUCUGUAUGAUGACUCUGAUGCCCUGAGGCUGACUUGGAAACCCCCAACGGUGGACAUAAAACGUCCCCUGAGGUACCAAAUCCAGAUGCAGGCCCCCCAGAGCUUGGACUGGCGACCCCUAGCCACAGGCAUCAAUGACACCAGCUACAGAAUCCGGGGUCUGGGGCCCAGUAGGGACUACAUGUUUAGGGUCAUUCCAGAGACCAGUCUGGGACCGCUAGAACCCCUGCCUCCUGUGUCUCUUACUGCACUCCCAGCUCCAAGGUCUAUCCUACCGAGAAUGCCAGACAUUGUUGACCUUCAGCCAGAUUCACUGAGAUUGUCUUGGCAACGACCUUACAUUGACUCUACUGUGCCAUUAACAUACAGGAUUGAUAUGCAAGAACCGCCUUCACGUGAAUGGCGACCAAUCGCUACUGGUGUACCUGACACACAGUACCAUGUUACUGGCUUACGACAAAACAAAGACUACUUGUUCCGGGUGACUCCCAGUACGCCAACGUAUGCCAUGGAACCCUUGCCCUACGUGACGCUGACUUCACUGCCAGUACGACCUAGGCUGUACUCACAGGAGCCCAGAGCAGUAGAAGUCGGCAAAGGCUUGGUUCAGCUUUCAUGGAGACCAGCCGAGUUGCCACAGUUUGCUCGACACAAGCUGCCGAUCAAUUAUUUCAUUGAAAUGAGGACUUUACCCAGUGCUAACUGGGAGCCAGUUGCCAGAAACGUACACGACACAACGUACCUAGUGAAGGGUCUACGAUCAGACAAGGAAUACCAGUUCCGCAUCAAAGCACACACAGAUUUCGGAAGCAGUGAACCGUCACUUCCUGUGACAGUCUACAGAAAAUCAGUGCCCGUCUUCCCACGCUAUGAGCCAAUCGUGACCAACCUGAACCCUGACUCCGUGGUUCUGUCAUGGCAACCAGCAACCCUGCCCGGGCACAUCAGUCACAUGCCCAUGGUCACUUACCGCAUUGAAAUCCAGGAUCCCCCCGAACGGGGUCAGUGGAGGAGCUAUGUGUCGAACGUCCCCAAGACCAGUUACCAUGUGACCAACCUACGCCCAGACCGAGACUACCUGUUCAGGGUGCGGGCCGAGGCUGACAACACUACCACGGAGCCUUCCAUGCCUGUCUAUCUGCCUAGACGAGCUUGUCCCCCAAGGAUGCCCCAGGAACAGCCAUAUGUUCUUGAGCUCCGGCCGGACUCUCUGAAGUUACAAUGGCGAUCUGUGGAGUUACCGUCACGCAUCACCGACUACUCCCCGGUCACCUACCGCCUAGAGAUCCAGGAGCUGCCACGCUCGGACUGGAUGACGCUAGCUAAGGGAAUACCACACACCGACUUCCACGUCACUAACCUGAACCCCGACAAGGACUACAGAUUCAGAGUCCGCGCGGAAAACGACAUGGGCAUCAGCGAUCCUACACCAGAUGUCUCCAUCAAGAAACGCGCUGUGGCUCCCACAAUGCGUCAAGAAGAACCUUUGAUUUACGACAUUGGUCCAUCUGGGUCUUUCUGGUUGUCAUGGCGACCUGCUGAUCCUUCUUUGUACAUGUCAGACAGCAGUCCAGUCACGUACACCAUUUAUGUCCAGGAGUCGCCUAGCAACACCUGGAGACCGCUCGUCCGCAGAAUUCCGCAUCCGUUCUACCACGUCACAAACCUCCGAAACGAUAAGGACUACAGUUUUAGAGUUCAAGCUGAGAACGAGUUUGGACUCAGCCGGCCCACUCUGCCAAUCAGACUGCUCGGAAUCAAAAGCAGGAAGUCUCCAGUGGACAUCCCUGAGAUCACCGACAUUGACGACACGAGUCGGUCUCUCCGUCUGAAAUGGCGACCGAGGUCUAUGACGCCAUUUAACAAAGGUCCUGUUACGUACCAGGUAGAGCGAUGGGAACCUUCACAACGAAAUUGGACACGCAUGGCCAGCGGAAUUCGAGAUACGAACUAUCAAGUUACUGGACUGCCAUUUGACCAGGAUCAUCUGUUCAGAAUUCGGGCUGAGGCAGAGAAAGUACUGAGUGAACCAACAUAUCCUAUUUCCUUCAACAGGUUUAGAUUGCCGUCUCAUUUCCCUGUGCCUCGCCCACAACUUUACGACGUAGAACCGGACGCAGUGAGAUUGUCAUGGUUACCACUGCCAAGAGGAAACGCACAGGAGCCGAUCGUUCUACCGAGAAGAUUCCGUUUGGAGUUGCGUGAACUUCCAUCACGCGACUGGAGACCAGUGGCACACGAUAUCCCAGAUACCAAUUACCGGGUCACGGGACUCAAACCGAGACAGGACUACGAGUUUAGGGUCAGAGGAAUAUCUGAUGGAGGUCUGGGAGACUACACGAAGCCAACCACUCUUUACAGGAGGCCAGUGUUGCCCAGAACUCCCAUCGGCACGCCCAGAUUGGUAGAUGUGAAAGAUGACUAUGUUGACUUGAACUGGAAGAUGGUGGACGUGCCAGCCCAUAGCUACGACGAAGAACCUCUGGCCUUCCUGAUCGAGGCACAGACACCGCCGAGAUACGACUGGAUGCCAGUAGCUCGAAACGUUAGAGGAACCUCGUUCCGUAUCUCGAACCUUCAACGACACCAGGAUUACAUGUUCCGUAUCCGUGCUGAGUAUCCGUCAGGACUCUCCUCGCCCUCGGCCCACAUCCCAGUGUACCGUAAACCAAUUCGCCCUGGCAUCCCUAUUGCACGGCCUGAAAUCUGGGAGGAAGAACCCUACCAAGCUCGCCUUCGCUGGCGCCGAGUCUACGUGCCCCCGUAUGAUAAUUUAGACGUACCCCUGACCUACCAAAUAGAGGUACAGGAACCCCCACUAAAGAACUGGCGCACAUUGGUCAAGGGACUGAGCAUGACUGAGCACACUGUCACUGACCUGGCCCCACGAAAGGACUACCUGUUCAGAAUUCGUGCCGAGACCCCCAACGGAGAUCUGACCGAGCCCACUCCCCCCAUCGCCUACUACAGGUCAAGAUUGCCUAUGACCAGAGAACCCUCUAAAGCGUAUGAAUACAAAGUGUUUGAACAGGACUACAGUGUUCCCUCUCGCUCCUACAUCGACCACCUCACCACCUACAUUCCCCCACGAUUGCCGAUUGAGAAACCCGAGUUAUAUACCAUCAGUCCCGAGAGUGUGACGUUGACAUGGAAACGAGCCAGAGUACCCGAUAAAAUCAGGGACACCUGUAAUCUGACGUACACGGUGGAGGUCAGGAACCCACCUAAUUUGGACUGGCGUGAAUUGGUCACUGGACUGACCACCAUCAAUACUGACCUGAAGGGUCUCCACCCCCGACUGGAUUACCUGUUCAGGGUCCGAGCUUGGAAUGAAUAUGGCUGCAGUGAACCUAGCCUACCAGUGUCUCUACACAGACCUGUUGAGCUGUCUGAUGAAUAUGAUUCCGGAGAGGACUGGGACGAACAGUACAGAGUGACCUUGGGAGAUCUCGACACGCCCAUCGAUGAAGCUCCACCCAAAUUGCCCAUGGAAACACCCAGAAUCACGGAUAGUGGAGAGUCUGCGAUGUUGUCAUGGUUUCCAGCCAGAAUACCAGCAUAUGCCAAGAAAACUCCGAUAACCUACAUCAUAGAAAUAAAGGAGCCCCACGUUCCUGGCUGGUCGCGAUUGAGCAGUGGAAUCAGUGAUACCAACUACUUCAUUGAAGGUUUACGACCCACACAGGAUUACCAGUUCAGGGUCAAGGCUGAAACUCAGUACGGGGUCAGCGACCCAACACUGCCCGUCUCAUUGGACAGACCUAAAGAGGUGGGGAAGAAGUGCGAGUUCCUCCCAGCCCUAGAGUAUUAUGAAAUUUUUAAGAAAGACUGGAAUGAUCCAUCAGAUAAAAACAAGCGAUCAAGCGUGGAUUUACUGAGAGAAGACAUAGACCUCCCGAUCAAAAGAGAAUCUCCGUCCACUGGUGUGCCCCCUCGGAUGUCAUCCUCGCGACCUUUGAUCAGUCAACAGCUUCCCGACAGACUGAACAUGUCCUGGUUGCCAGCUAGAGUUCCAUCCUAUGUCAAGAACCAGAAGUUGACCUACAUUGUGGAGGUCCGCGAGCCACCAAGCACGCUCUGGAGGAAUCUGGCCGAUGAUCUCCGUGACACCGAGUUUGAUGUCAGAGAUCUGAGUCCCAGCCAGGACUACCUGUUCCGAGUACGAGCCAAGAACGAGUAUGGUUUGAGUGAGCCAACCAUGCCUGCCUCAGUCAUCAGAGAAAGGGAUGACUAUGUGCCCCACAUUUCCAGCCGGUCUGGAUCUUUCGACAGUGGCAGCCCCUGGGUCAGGUCAAGGGCGUCCUCUGUAGAGAGCUAUCGGAAACAGAAGUCGUUCGACUUCACAGAUGACGAAUCAGACAUAUACAUCAACAGAGAAAAGAAAGCAGGUCCACCUGAAUUUAAGUCCAGCAAUGAGGACGUACAUUAUGGGGUGGAGGGGUCAUCCUGUAAAGUUACACUAGGGGUCAAAGGUUACCCGCUUCCCACUACUUCCUGGUUCUUUAUGGGGGCUGAGGUAGACUAUGGGGACAACUUCAAAGCCCACAUAUCCCCCAGCGGUAAUGCCUCCCUAGAAAUCCACAAACUGACGAGGGAGCUGAUUGGGGAGUACAAGUGUACAGCGGAGAAUGAGCACGGAACAGCAACCAAGAUCAUCAGGCUGGAGCUCGCAGACCAGCCUACUGUCCUUGACCCAGUUUUUGACCUGACCUUGGACAGUCACCAGUCCGGGAAGUUGGUCUGCCGUGUGGAUGGCCUGCCCUACCCCACUGUGAAGUUCCUGAAAGACUCACGUUCCCUGGCCGGGUCGUCUCGUCUACGGGUUGAUUACAAUCCCCCUGACACAUGGACCUUGACCUUGGACAAGGUCAUCACUACAGACUCUGGAAUGUACACUUGUGUUGCAGAGAAUCUGGCUGGAAAAGCAACAUGUUCUGCCAAAGUCACUGUGGAAGAAAAUGAAGAUGGCUUAAUAGAACGGGACCUGAUGGUGAAGCCACUUCCCUACAGAGAAGCCUUUGUAGAGGAUUACUACCAUGUCCUGGAGGAAAUCGGAAGGGGCAGACAUGGUGUAGUACGUCGGGUAUUGGACAAAUUCACAGGCAGUCAAUACGCUGCUAAAUUUAUCCAUGUGUGUGACGAGCACCAGAAACGGUUCUUCCGGACGGAAGUAAACAUGCUGAGGUGGUUAAACCAGAGGGGCGUGCCCAAAGUGGUGGACACUUUCAUCACGGAGAGAAGAAUCGUCAUCAUCACCGAGAUUGUGACCAAUUAUGACAUCAUAGAGAGAUUGCUCCAGGAUCCCGCCCCCACUGAAGGUAUGGUGGCCGCCCACAUGAAACAACUCCUCCUGGUCAUCAAGGAACUCCACAAAGCUUCUGUUGUGCAUCUAGACAUUAAGCCAUCAAACAUUCGAUUCAACACAUCUAAUGAUCUGAUGCUGAUUGAUUUUGGAUUUUCGGAGAGACUUCACCACAACAAAGAAACCCGAAAGAAUUAUGGUUCGGCCGGAUUCUGUUCACCGGAGCAGAUCCACAAUGAGCCUGUUACUGAAGCCUCUGAUGUCUGGGCGAUAGGAGCCACGAUUUACACAUUGCUGACUGGAUCAUCUCCCUUCCAUGGAUUAACGGAGCAGGAAGUCUUACAGAGCACGACCCAGUACAAAUGGAAGGAAGUGGACGGUCUGUCUUCGGAUGCCAAGGACUUCCUGUCAAAAAUCCUCAUCAGGGACCCCAAAGAGAGGAUGACGGUGGAUGGUUGUUUGUCCCACCCCUGGAUAAAGAAUGCCGAGGCCCAGGGAGGGGUGAUCAGCAGGGAGGGGCUAACAGACUACCUGUCUCAGGACAGACUGAGGAGGACAUCUUCAGCCACACGGGGCCCAGUGCGACUACAGUCUCUGUUGUCUGUGCUGGACGGUAAACAAGAGCUGGGUAUCGACAUUGGGAAGGACUCGACUACAGGAGAGUUGUCUUUCCCUGAUUCCGGUUUGUACGGAGAAUAUCUGGAUCAGGAGUCCUGGUUUGACUGGCAAUCCAGGUAUUACUAUGGCCUUGAUGCUGAUGAUUCGGAAGCAGAGUCCGAGUCAGCUUGUGUAGAUCCUGUCCUAAGAAAGGAGCGAGAGUGGAUACAAAUGGCGGAGGACCAGAAACUUCAGUUACAGCGUCCCCAGGACUUCUUCCCUAAGGAGGAAGAACUGGAGGAUAACCCUCAGUUCACCGUUAAGUUACACGACACGUACUACAAGCCGGGAGAUGUGAUCACCCUAUCCUGUCAUGUGACCAGUUCCUCCACUGUCAAUGUGACCUGGUUCCAGAACGAGGAACUCAUCGCCGACAGCAAGAGAAUGAAGACGUCGCUCACUGAGGGAGGGAUUGCUUCCCUUGUCAUCACCUCCGCCAAACCGUACGAUGACGGCAUUUACAAAUGUAUUGCACGGAACAAGACGGGCAAGUCUUCUACGUAUGCCAGAGUCAUGGUAGGAGAAACACCAUCCCAGCCAAGAAGACCAGUGAUAUCACAGGUUUCAUCAUGUGAUGUCCUGUUGCUAUGGGAAGCACCAGAGAAUGAUGGGAACUCUGACAUCACCAAUUACAGGGUGGACUACAGGCAGUCAGGAUCAGAGAGGUGGUGCGUUGGGGCGUACUCCAUUGAUGAAUGUGCCAUAGUGACAGGGCUUCUUCCAGAUACGUCUUAUCGAUUCAGAGUGUCUUGUACCAAUAAACUGGGAAAUAGUUCCUACAGUGUGUCAUCAGUACUAAUUACCACCAAACCCACAGGUUCUACAGACAUUACAUUAGAUCCAUUCACGAUCUCCCUGUUGUCCAGGCAACAUGAAGGCCUGUCAUUUUAUCAGCCUCCAAAGAGCGCACUGUCACCGGAGGAUGUCCGUACAGGAGAGAUAACUCUUCAAACCACCAAUGUGGAAGAUCUUUACAGCUUGUCUAACGUUCUGUGGAGAGGAAAAUACUCUUCAUACGUACGAUCAACAGACAAAUCAAAGAAGAAUCCAUACAUCGCAAAAAUCACAACCUGCUCAGAUUCUAACAAGGACAGUUUAUCCAGAGAAUUGGAAUUCUUGCGUACAAUGAGGCAUGAGCGAUUUGUUCGUCUUUGUGGUGCGUAUUUAUAUCUAGAUCGACAUUACUGGAUCAUGGAGUACCUCUCCGGAGUCAAUGUCGUGGAGCACUUCUCUUACAAAUCCAAAUACACUGAGGAUAUGGUUGCCACGGUAAUACGACAAGUUUUGGAUGGCUUACAGUUCCUCCAUUACCAUGGUUACACUCACCUGAACAUUCAGCCCAGCAGCGUGAUGAUGGUCAAUCGCCGCCGUCUUGACAUCAGGAUUGUAGAUUUCAGUCUGGUACAAAAGGUCACUAAGGAAGGUCAGGUGGUCCCAAGGGAAGGAAAUGCCGAGUUCAUGGCCCCUGAAGUGGUUGUCAAGGAUACAACCUCAUACCCUGCUGACAUUUGGGCUGUUGGAGUUUUAGCAUUCUUAUUACUGAGUGGGGAAUCCCCUUAUAAGGGUCAGGACGAGGAGACAACUUUCACAAACAUUGCCUACAACAGAUACAAUGCCCUGAGUCUCUACGAGAACGUCACAAAGGAAGCGCUCAAGUUUAUCUUCCGGGUCCUCAAGCGCAUAUCCAGAAACCGUAUGACAGCAGAUGAGUGUUUGGAGGAUAAAUGGCUGCAGACGUCGGAGACUAUGAUUAAAUUUAGAACAGAUGCGGUAUUCUCGCCAGUCAAACUCCGUAAUUAUGUGACGGAAUCCUUCCUAGAGGCCCUCAAAGUCAGUGAAGCGGAACUGCAGAGGCUCAGGGAGAAGUUUCUUAUCAAGCAAGAGGUCAAGGACGAACAGAAACCCCUUCCUGCAAAGGAGGAAACCAGAGAUACAGAGGAACCGACCGACAUUGAUGGAAGCCAGACAUUGACACAAGAUGCCAAAGAGCCGGAGGUGAAAGAGAGCACCAGCUUUGAGGAAAUUGCUGAUGACAUUGUUAAUGAAGCAAUAGAUGAGGCUCUGAAGUCAUCGUAAUUUUGAUUUUAUGACACGGACUUAGCUGUUGAUGCUAUGACAAUAGACAAAGUCGCUGUAGGCUUGCUGUGCAAUAUAGAUACAUUUCUAAUGUAAAGGUAGAACAUUACACCAGUUACAUGUAGCUAAAGCAAUUGUGAUGAUAGAACUGUUAUUUAAAUUUUGGGAAGUUAUUUAUUAUUUAUUGCUUUUUAAUAUAUAUAUGAAUAAUCUGUUAGAAUUUGUUUGAAAUAUUGCUGUUUGUUGCCAUUUUUUGUGAUAUGCUUUUAGGGUUUUUUUAAAACAGAUUGUAUUUUUGGGUUUCAUUUUAAGGAGAUGACACAAGAUUUUGUAAUACAUUUUACAUGACAUAUUAUAUAUUGCCCUGUAUCGUCGCUGUUUGAUUUGCAAUAUUAUGAGUAGCAAUUUGGGAUUAUAAUAAUUUUAUCUAUAUGUUAUUAAUUUUUCCCAAGAAUGAAGUAAAGCAUGCACACUCAACUGGUUCCCAUGCACACUCAACUGGUUCCAGAGCUGCUGAGAUGCACACUUGGGUCUCCAUUUUCUCUAUUGAUGUUUUUCAUCUCUGAAUUGUUUGCAAGAAAUAUUGAUAGCAAAAUUAUCAAAAAUAUUCAAUGCUUAUUACAUAAGGGUGCAAACUGUACAAUUCGUCAUACCUGUCCAGUAAAACAUAGAAGACCAAACUUAGGUGCUGUGGGAUUCUUUGCAAGAGAUUUUUCUAUCUUCGUCAUCUUAGACUACACAAUAAAACCUGGGUUCUGUU